AUGAAGCGCCGUGUGCUGUAUCUGCUUAUUGUCCUGCAGCUUCCUAUUGUAUACUGGAUGUGUCAAACAUUGGUAAGGCCAACAUCAAGCAGCGAAGGACAGGAGGAUUCCCCACAUUUAGAACAUUCGAAUGGUGGCUCAUGCCACGAUCGCUACGCGGCACAACCUGGGACUCUGUUCCCAUGUACCCCUCGCGUGACACGGCACAAUCACCUCAGCGAGUUCUUCCAGUGGACAGCCGCAGAGGAGCAGCGGAAGCGGAAGCUGCUUGCCCCAUUGCACGCGUUCUGUGAGUCUAGGCGUGUUGAUCCGUUUCCCACCUCUGCGGAGCGUGCAUCCAAGGUGCGUGGCACCGAACGUCUCGCUUUUGUGGGCUGUGGGUCCUCUAUACCCAGCAGCAGUGCGCAGGUCUUGUGGGACUACGCGGACGGAGUGAGUGUGCCGGAGGACGUCUUCAUCCGCAGCGGUGGGAACGUCUUCGUGUCGACAAGUCUGGUGACUGCCGACGAGGAGCGCAGCGCCUUCGUCGGGUGGAGCGGGCAGUGGCACCGCUGCUGGAUCAUCCCAAUGACGCGGACAACACCGCCCGGUGGCGGCGGCGCCGUCUAUGAGCCGACUUGCCAGUCAGGAGACGUGGUUGACGUCCGCAUGGAGUCUGCCAUGGCCAAGGUGGCUGUGGAGCGUGUGAUCGAUAUGGACAACGGAGUGCUGGAGGUGCAGUUCUACAUCCGAAAGCGGGGAGUCUACUCCUUCUGUGCAGAUCUGGUCGUGCGUCAUCAGGACAUGCUAGACGCCCUGGCGGCAAGUGAGAAGGGUAGGAACCGUAGCGUGCAGAUGCUCGGGAGACUUUCACCCACCGCCUUGCUGGAGCACCACGGAACACCGGAGUAUGCGGAGGCGGGUCCUGAGAUUAAACCGCCACUCAACAAGACACCAGCGUACCCGAAGAACGUAUAUUGCAUCGGGGGCACCAUCACAUCGCAAGGGGAGACUGCAGUGGGGCACGCGGUGGGGGAGGCGAUGGUGCGAUUCAACGAUGGCGUUGACGUUGUGCCACUGCCAACGCGGUGUGACGUUGUUGAUGACUUUGACCGCUUCCGUUUUGGUGGCUGGUACCGUGUGGGCCGUCGAUGCGACGGCGUCCACUGCGUGGCGCUGAACCUGGGGGCAGGGGAGGUGGACCCGCUGCUGGAGUCAACGGAGGGGUGGUUGUGGGUGUCAGAUGUUUGUCAGUUGCGUCUCUUCACUGACGAGGAACUGCUUCUCUCACUGUUCCCUGGUGCGUGGUUUCUUGCGUGGGGACCAUCGACGACACGGGAACCCCUUGCAGAUAUGUUGGAGGAGCACCUCCAUACUAGAAUUUUUAACGUUUUUAUGAAGGAUUUGUGGAGGUAUCCCAAAAAGAAAACUCCACCUUUUUAUGAUUACCGCAUGUGGGAUCGAUGUGUGGAACCACAUACGCUUUGGAGUAAGGAGCUUUUCAAAAAGGCAGGAAGGUCGACGCCGUCGACACGCGUAACAUUGCUGUGGGGUGGUUGUCUUAGUACUUUCUCAAAUCGUUGCCCGAAGCGCCAAGCGUUGGCGUUGUUUCACGAACGUAUUAACCGUACCUUUGGUAUUGCAGUUCGUAGGGGCCGUAGAGACCGAGCGUGUGGAAGUCAGUCCUUUCCAACGGUGCUCCUGCUUGACCACGUUGUGUGG